GUUUAAUUGAUUUUUCUCUCUUCUCUUCUUACUCUCUCCCUCUUCUCACCUCUCUGACCUCCUCUCUUCUCUCUCUUCUCUCUUCUCUCACUAUCUUCCUCUUGAUUGUCAAGUCAACUUCCAACUCCCACUUCAUCGCUCCUGGCGAUCCGGAUCGCUGAUCAUUCCGCGCCCCCACUUCGUCAUCUCUCUAUCUUCUUAUCCUCAUCUAUAGUCAACAAAAGAAGAAAGAAAAUGGCCAUCCGCGAUAAAGAAAAAGAAAACCGCCCGCGUGGCCUCCGCAUGCCCUCCCUCUCCGCCAUCAAAUUCAAAAAGAACAACCACCAAAGUCCCCCGGACUCUCCUCCCACCGAGCUCCCCCCAGAGAUCUCCCUCUUCCCAGGCUAUCCCGCGCGUACCGACUCCGUGCCCGUUCGUCCUCCCAGACCGCACGAGAAGGAGCUGCCGCCGAAUCCGUUGCCGUCGCCUCCGCCGUUCCCUGCUGCGUCGGCCAGCUCGCCGUCUGGAUAUCGCAGUCAGGGCCCGCCGCUUCCGCCGCUGCCCCCGCUGCCCCCGCAGGACCGGGAUCUCUCCCCGCGGAAUCUGUCGCUGUCGCCGGCUGCGUCGCCGCCGAGUUCUACGCCGGGGUUUGCGGUGAAUUCGCACGCGAACUUUUCGCCUACCUCUCCUCCUAAUCAUAACGGCUUCUCUCCGUCAAACCGCUUUGACUCCUCCCCCAACUCGCCCCCCAAUCACACCGGCUUCUCCCCCAACUCUCCCCCCGUCAAGCGCGUCCCCAGCAUCCCCCGCGUGCCUGUCCCAAAAUCCGAAAAACCUCCGCUGCCCGUGCAACGACCAACCCCACCCUCCAGCAUCAACCACGACAUUGACGAGCCAUCGCGCAGACAGUCCAGCGCCGCAGAACAACAACAACAACAGCAACAACAACAGCAACAACAACAUCAACAACCCCAAGAAGAAGAAGAAGACCCCCUCGAAGACUUCAUCCCCGACCCCGAAGCAGACCGCGAGCAUCCCCACCCCGAACACGGCCACGAAAUUGAACCCGUCCUCGACGGCCCCGGCAGCGCCAUCGAAGAAGCCUCCAGCGAGGAAAACAACGGCCCCUGGACGCCCCCAGACUUCGAACCCGUCGCGGCUCCCCUAAACAAGCUCCACUACGUCUGCUACCAGGACCACCGCGCCAUGCCCCCCGCCGCAAACCGCUGGCACGCGCUGCCCUGCAUGACCUGUCAGAAGUUCGACCGGGAGGUCCGUCAUCGCUGCGUGUUCUGCUGCUUGCGGAUUUGUGUGGGGUGUUAUCAGACGCUGCAGAAGAGUCCGAAUCGCUCGUUGGAGCUGUUGAUGGAUUCCUUGGGCGAGUCAUGA